GGGAGUAGUUGUUAAUUUCUUCAAUCAAACCUUAAAUUCUCAAAACCUUGUGUGCUCUUCCCGAAGUUGACGACUUGUCCUGUUACAUUUCUGCCUUCGGGGCUUUGCUUUCAACUAGAGAAAGUUCUCAAAAUGUCUACAGCAACUGCCCUUAUUAUUUCUCCCUUUCUAGGAUUUCGACAAUAUUCCAAUUCCAAAUUGGGUUUUCAUCAGAAAUUGGGUUCCUUUUCUCGGAAUACAAUAUACCCAUUAUCUCCAUUAACUGUGACCAGAAGUCGAGCCAAUGCACGCGAUAAGGCAGUGGGUCUCAGUUUUGAAGAAGAAGAAUUCAUUGAUGGGUCCUCAAAUUCUAAUUCUGAUGGACUCAACGCCACUCUUAAUAGCUUGAGUAAGUGGCUGGUGGCUGCAGUUUUUGGUGUAAUCAUCCUUUGGAGGCAUGAUGGAGAAGCACUUUGGGCAGCUUCUGGUUCUGUUUUGAAUGUUGGACUCUCGACUGUAUUGAAGAGAAUACUAAACCAAGAGCGACCUGUUUCUACAAUAAGAUCGGACCCUGGAAUGCCAUCCUCUCAUGCACAAUCAAUCUUUUAUACCGUGACGUUCUGUAUCGUCUCAAUGGUAGAAUAUUUUGGGUUAAACGGAACCACUGCAGUCAUUAGCGCACUCAUCUUUGCUAUUGGUUCCUACUUUUCAUGGCUACGGGUUUCUCAACAACUUCACACGGCCAGUCAAGUAGCCGUGGGUGCUGGGCUGGGAUUUUCUCUCUCCGUUUUCUGGUUUUGGUUGUGGGAUGCAAUAGUCCUUAAGGCAUUUAUAUCCCACUUGUGGGUUCGGAUUCUUGUUGUUCUUGGCACGGCCGCCAUUUGUGCUAGGUUUCUACUAUAUGUGAUUCGAUACUGGGUCCUUGAGGACUUAUUCUUUAUAUACUACUGAAAAAGUACACACUAAUAUUGAACUUCCAUAUAAAAACUAACAAAACAGAGAUUAUAUAUAAUUUUCAUGCGAAAA